AUGCAGAUCUCUUGGGCUCUGUGCUCUCUCUGUGCCUUCAUCCAAAUUGCAUUUCAGUCGGUAGAAGGGUGGCAAAUGUUUAAAAAUGACGCUACAGAAAUCAUUCCUGAGAUCACCGAAAAUACAGAAGCACCRGUGGAGCAGACCUACAGUGACAACAACACAAUGAACCAGGCAAAGCAUGGGGGAAGACACAUCCAACAGCCUCCAGACCCUAAUGAUGCUUCUGACUUUAGCUGCAGGGAAAUGCGGACCACACGCUAUGUCACUGAAGGGCCUUGCCGCAGCRUGAAGCCCGUCAAGGAGCUGGUCUGCUCGGGCCAGUGCGUCCCGUCCCACCUCCUCCCCAACUCCAUCGGCCGAGGGAAGUGGUGGCGGCAGAACGCCCUGGACUACCGCUGCAUCCCCGCUCACACGCGCACGCAGCGCGUCCAGAUGGCCUGUCCCCAGCAGGAGACUCGGACUUACAAAUUCCGAGCGGUCACCGCCUGCAAAUGCAAGCGCUACACUCGCUACCACAACCAGUCGGAGCUCAAGGACUUUGGCAAGGAGAAUGGCAGGCCCCAGAAGAACAAGAAGCCCCGUCUGUCCAGAGCCAGGAGCAGCAAAUCCAACCAGCCUGAGCUAGAAAAUGCCUAUUAG